UCUCUCUCUUUCUCUCUCUACCCAUUUCCCUCUCCUUUUUAAUGGACAAAAGUAAGAAGACUCUCUUGUGGCGCUGAUCCCACAAGUUCCUUGAUCAUUUCCCCGCCGCCUGGAAUAAACACUACGUGGAUGCACGAUAUCAUUGUCAUGGACCCAUCUACUGAUCGUCGUGUAAGCCACUCUUGCGAUGAUGGGCAUCGUUCCAUUUCCCAUGGAAACAGAAUAAUUACUGAGAUGGAUUUCUUUGCCGAUGCAAAUUGUCCCAAGCAAAAACCUCCGCCGGCUGCUAUAGUCAAGACAGAGGCUAUGGAUGAUGGGGUAGGGCGACAGAAUGAAGAAGAUAUAAAUACUAGUUUGAAUCUUCUAACGGGAAGCAUUGGUCGUGAUAAUAAAUCAAUUGUGGAAGAUGGAGCAUCUCAAAACAAGGAAGCUUAUAAUCAAAGAAAGAAAGAGCUCGAACUUUUACACGCCAAAAUAAACCACAUGAACGCAGAAAAUCAGCGUUUGAAAGGCAUACUUAAUCAGGUGAACAACAACCACUAUUUCCUACAGAUGCACCUUGUUGCACUCAUGCAGAGGCUCCAGAAUCAGAACACUAUAACUGUGAAAAAUGAGGAGGUGAUACAUGGAACGCUUGAAGAGAAACAGCAUGUGGGAUCCAUCAUUGCAAGGCACUUUUUGGAUCUGGGUAAAGCUGAAAUAGGCGAAAUAGGCGAAGGUUGUUCACAGUCAGUGUCUGAAGAAAGAUCUCGGGAUUGCUCAAUAUCUCCUAAUAUAGUUGAGUCAAUGGAGAAUAAUAAGCCACCAGUGGUCAGUAGUAGCUCUAUUAGUGGAGUUGUUCCAGUUCUUGAUCAUUUGAAAAGGAGUGCUGGUGGAAUAAAAAAUUAUGAGACUUCAGAAGAAGCAUUUCAUGGAUGGGUUCCAAACAAAGUCCCCAAGUUUAAUACUUCAAGGGACGUUGACGAUGAACAGAAAGCAGUAACCUCGUCUAUGAUUAGAAAAGCCCGUGUCUCAGUUCGAGCAAGAUCCGAGGCAUCCACGAUAUCUGAUGGAUGCCAAUGGAGAAAAUAUGGGCAGAAAUUGGCUAAAGGUAACCCAUGUCCUCGAUCUUAUUAUCGAUGCACUAUGUCAUCUGGAUGCCCAGUUCGCAAACAGGUACAAAGGUGUGCAGAGGACCAAGCAGUCCUUGUAACAACCUAUGAAGGUUGUCACGACCAUCCACUCCCUCCAGCCGCAAUGGCCAUGGCAUCUACCACAUCAGCAGCAGCAUCAAUGCUACUUUCAGGGUCUAUGCCUAGUCCUGAUGAGUUAAUGAACGCUAAUUUAUUAGCAAAAACUUUUCCUUGCCCACCCGGCUUCGCAACACUUUCAGCUUCAGCUCCAUUUCCUACUGUAACACUGGACGUCACUCCACCUCCAGCUUCCAACUCCUCACAGAGACUUCAAGGGCAUUUCCUCCUCCCUUCUCUGAACUUCCCCAACAAUUUCACGUCCACGCCGCAUGUUUCUGCGCAAGCCCUCUACAACCAAUCUAAAGUUUCAGGUCUUUUAAGCCCCCAUAAGGGAAUGGAGCUGCCUCAAAUAAUACCUCCAUUGGCGGACAGUACUGUUAGUGCAGCAACUGCUGCUAUCACUUCAGACCCUAACUUCACUGCAGCUCUAGUUGCAGCGAUCAGUUCCAUCAUUGGCAAUAUUCAAGCAAACAGUAAUUCUAAUAGCAGCCCCACAUUGAGGAACAGUAUCGACAACAGCACAUAAAAUAGCACGACUAAUCAAUUAGCUUUAGCUUUUUGUGGUAAUAGAGUUCUCUACACGACGAGAAAGUCUAGACGUACAGUUCGAACAUAAUAAUAAAAAAAAAAAAGUGGACGAAUAUUCGUAUUGAUCGACAGUGAAAGUGCAAUGAGAAUUUCUUUGCCAAUA